AUGUCUCAACAAACAGCAAUUGUCAGUGUUUAUGACAAAACCGGGUUAUUAGAUCUUGCCAAAGGUCUUAUUGCCUCUAAUGUCAGAAUCUUGGCCUCUGGUGGUACUGCUAAGUUAAUGCGUGAAGCCGGUUUCCCAGUUGAAGAUGUCUCUUCCAUCACCAAAGCUCCAGAAAUGUUAGGUGGUAGAGUUAAAACCUUGCACCCAGCUGUUCAUGGUGGUAUUCUUGCCAGAAACUUGGAAAGUGAUGAAAAAGAUCUUUUGGCCCAAGGUAUCGACAAGAUUGAUUUCGUCGUCUGUAACUUGUACCCAUUCAAAGAAACCGUUGCCAAGGUUGCCGUUACUAUUCCAGAAGCUGUUGAAGAAAUUGACAUUGGUGGUGUCACUCUUCUUAGAGCUGCUGCUAAGAACCACAAUAGAGUUACUAUCCUUUCUGAUCCAAAGGAUUACGCCGUUUUCUUACAAGAAUUGAAAGGUGGUAAGAUCACUGAUGAUUUCAAGAAACAAAUGGCUCUUAAAGCUUUUGAACACACUGCUGAAUACGAUUCUGCUAUUUCUGACUUCUUCAGAAAACAAUACUCCGAAAACGUUUCUCAAUUGCCAUUGAGAUACGGUGCUAACCCACAUCAAAAGCCAGCUCAAGCUUUUGUUGCUGAAGGUGAAUUGCCAUUCAAAGUUUUGAACGGUUCUCCAGGUUACAUCAACUUGUUGGAUGCUUUGAACUCAUGGCCAUUGGUUAAAGAAUUAUCUGCUUCUUUGAACUUGCCAGCUGCUGCUUCUUUCAAACACGUUUCCCCAGCCGGUGUUGCUGUUGGUUUGCCAUUAUCUGACAUUGAAAAGAAGAUCUACUUUGUUGAAGAUAUUGAAGACUUGUCUCCAUUGGCCAAUGCUUACGCUAGAGCCAGAGGUGCUGACAGAAUGUCCUCUUUCGGUGAUUUCAUUGCUCUCUCAAACAUUGUUGACAAGCCAACUGCUCAAAUCAUUUCCAAGGAAGUUUCCGAUGGUGUUAUUGCCCCAGGUUUCUCUGAUGAAGCUUUGGCUCUUUUGAAAAAGAAGAAGAAUGGUAAAUACUGUAUUUUGCAAAUUGAUCCAAACUUCACCCCAGAUGCUUUAGAAAGCAGACAAGUCUACGGUGUCACUUUACAACAAAAGAGAAACGAUGCCAUUUUCAAAGGCUCUUCAUUCAAAGAAAUUGUUUCUAAGAAUAAGGGUUUAACCGACCAAGGUGCUAUUGAUUUGACCAUUGCUACCAUUGCAUUGAAAUACACUCAAUCCAACUCUGUUUGUUACGCCAAGAACGGUAUGGUUAUUGGUUUAGGUGCUGGUCAACAAUCUCGUAUCCACUGUACCAGAUUAGCUGGUGAUAAAGCCGACAACUGGUGGUUGAGACAACAUCCAAAGGUUUUGGGUUUCAAAUGGGCUAAAGGUACCAAGAGACCAGAAAAAUCCAAUGCUAUUGACUUGUAUGUCACCAACCAAAUUCCAACUGAAGAACCAGAAAAAUCUGAAUACGAAUCCAAAUUUGCUGAAAUUCCAGAACCAUUGACUGCUGAAGAAAGAAAAGAAUGGUUAGGUAAAUUAUCCAACGUUGCUUUGUCUUCUGAUGCUUUCUUCCCAUUCCCAGAUAACGUUUACAGAGCUGCUAGAUCAGGUGUUAAAUUCAUUGCUGCUCCAUCUGGAUCUGUUAUGGAUAAAGCUGUUUUCGCUGCUGCUGAUGCCAACGAUAUUGUUUAUGUCGAAAACCCAAUCCGUUUAUUCCACCACUAG